CAUAUGUAGUUUAAACAGUUAAACUGAAACUUAAAAAAAGAAAAAGUGAGCAGAAACCAAAGAUGCAAAAAGCUUCACUUCUUUGUUCUUCGAAUCCAAUAUCUUCACCGCCAGCCUAUCUUCACACAUGUUGUCCACUCACAGCUCCCAUCAGAACCCGUUUCUCUCCUUCUCUCUUUGCUUUCUCUUCUCUCCGCUUCUCAUUGAAUCGUCUCCACGGUCGGCGCCAUGGCUUUUCUCCUUUGCACAGCACUGCUACUGAAGAAAUGAUUGAAGCUAGCAAGAACGUUUCUAGUUUUGUUGAAAUUGGGUACAUAUCCAGUGUUCAUGGGCUACAAGGAGAAAUUUGUAUAAAACCCAACACUGAUUUUCCUGAACUGCGGUUUUGCAAGGCUGGGAGAAGAUGGUUAAAGCAACAAGUUUCAGGUAAAGAAACAAUUAAAGAAGUAGAGCUUGUUGAAGGAAGGGAACAUCCUGGAAAGAAGAGUUGGAUACUCAGCUUCAGUGGGGUUGAAACAGUGGAUCAAGCCAGGCAACUUGUAGGUUCAACUUUAUUGGCAGAGGAAGAAGAUAGACCACAUUUGGAAGAAGGUGAAUUUUAUACUCGUGAUCUUGUUGGAAUGAGAGUCAUUCUCAAGGAAACUGGUGAAGUUGUGGGGACAGUUGUUAAUGUUUUCAAUAGUGGAGCUAAUGAUCUCUUACAUGUCAUGCUCAAAUCAGCUGAAUCUAUGCCUAAUGGAAGUGAGGAGUUAUCUAGUUUGGCUGAAGCUGUUGAUUCUGGUCCCUUGGUUUGGGUACCAUUUGUCAAGGAAAUUGUUCCUAAUGUUGAUAUGAAUAGAAGAGAAAUGCUGAUUACUCCUCCAAAGGGACUCCUCGAGCUAAACGUACGCUCUGAUGAGAGGUCCAAGAAAGAAAGGCGCCAACUUGAAUGGAAAGAAAGGAAAAGGUUCCAAAAGCGGUUAAUAGCUGCAAAAAAGAAAUUGAGUGAAAUGGAGCAGCAACAUGUAUUUCAUGGGUUCAGAUUUGGAGAGAAAUCCCAAGCGAGCUUACUUGCCGAUCAGAUUGUCAGUGUUAAUUCCAAAUUGCUUCAGCAGGCAUUGGAGAAUGUUGAGAUAGCUUCAAAGAGAUGGACUAUAACUGAAUCACUCGCUGGAACUAAGCUGGUGAGAAAUAGAUUGAGGAUAUCAGAAAAAUGCUUUACUCCAUCAACAAGUGAAGAGAAGCUGGGAACAAAUUUCACUUUGCAAGAAAAGGCACUUCAGCUUAUUUCUAAGGGCAAAGUUGCAGUUGUUUUAGAUAUGAGUGACCAUAAGAACCGGGGAAAAGAAUAUGACCUCAGUCUCUCUUCCUCAACAAGCAGGGAGAAUUCUGAAACAUCCUCCCUUCAGAUGUUGCUUUGUGACGACGAGAGGUUUGUUAAGGCUGAAUAUAGAUCAUCUAUGCCACUGGUUUUGAUUAGCCCAGCCGAUGAAAUCAUUUCUAUGAAGAAGCUAUUCUCAAGUAACAAUUAUUUUGGAUUUGACCCUGAAAAGGUUUGGUUCUUGGAAGAAGAGAGGCUGCCAGUUGUUGGCAGUUUGUUCGAACAAAACAGGCAUAAGAUUUUGAUGAAAUCACCUUGGGAGAUUUUGCAAUCACCGGUUGGAUCCGGAGGAGUCAUUAGCUUGCUUUCAUCAGACAAUAUCGUGGAGAAUCUUGCACAGAACAGUGUCGAGUAUAUUCAGGUAUGCAAUGGUGAAAGAUAUAUCAGCAGGAGCUCACCGCUGCUCCUCGGAUUAGUUAACGAAAAGGAAGCCGAGAUUGGCAUUCAAAUUUUCGAACAUUCGGAGGACGUUGAGGAAGGCUUCAGCAUGUUAUUCUCAAUAGAUACAAUGAAGAAGCUGACAAGGCAGAUACAUAAAUUUCAAUUCUACGCCAUAGCAAAGCCAAAUUCACAUGUGGAGCUAGUUGAGAAAAAAUGGGUUCAUGUUGAACCUUCAUCUCCUAACUCCUACGAGUUUUAUUCUACAAUUUUCAGUUGCUUAAAUGCAUGUUCUUUGGAUAAGCUUUGUGUUAUGGAAAUCACAGAAUAGAAUGAAAAGCUUUGCUUUUUAACUUCAUUAAAA